CUACCACCCACCGCACAGAACUCGAAGUUUCAGUCAGCUGCAUCCCAGCUUAAAUCGAUUGACUCUCUAGUUCUUCUACCAAAACCACAUCACACAACACUAUCAAAAUGAAGCACCUCGCAGCCUACCUCCUCCUCGGCCUCGGCGGCAACACCUCUCCAUCCGCCAAAGACAUCAAGGGCGUACUCAGCGCCGUCGGCGUGGAGGCCGACGACGAGCGUCUUGAGAAGCUCCUCUCCGAGCUCGAAGGCAAGGACAUCAACGAGCUGAUCUCCGAGGGUUCGACCAAGCUCGCCUCCGUUCCAUCUGGAGGUGCUGGCGGCGCUCCAGCAGCCGGUGGUGCUGCCGCUGCUGCUGGCGGUGACGCUGCUGCGCCAGCUGCUGAGGAGGCCAAGGAAGAGGAGAAGGAGGAGUCGGAUGAGGAUAUGGGCUUCGGUCUCUUCGACUAAACGUGUCGCUUCUGCCGCAACGAGGAACGACAUGUUGAGGCUGGGAUGAAGGGCAGAUCUGAGGAUUUCUUGGAGGAUUGAAGAACGUUCGGUUCAUACUAUGCAUGCACGGCGUAUGGCGAACAGCUUCGCUGCUGUAUGACUACCAUAGGGACGCCUGAUGCGAAAUGAAGACGACUUCUCCGGCCAUGUG